AUGGCUUUACAUAUUCCAAAAGCACCAGGUGUACCGCAGAUGUUAAAAGAUGGAGCACGGAUGUUCUCAGGAUUAGAGGAAGCUGUCUACAGGAAUAUUAAUGCUUGCAAAGAGUUUGCUCGAAGUGUAAGAUCUGCUUAUGGACCAAAUGGGAUGAAUAAAAUGAUAAUAAACCAUAUUGAAAAGCAAUUUGUUACUAGUGAUGCAGGUACAAUUAUACGCGAGUUGGAUGUAGAACAUCCAGCUGCUAAACUCAUGGUACUGGCAAGUCAAAUGCAGGACUCAGAGGUCGGUGAUGGCACAAACUUUGUAAUUGUGAUUUCUGGAGCCCUCUUGGAAGCAGCUGAAGAGCUUCUACGUUUAGGUGUUACAACUAGCGAAAUUGCUGAUGGAUAUGAAAGGGCUCUUGACAAAUGCUUGGAAAUUCUUCCAGAACUUGUUUGCUUUGAAAUAAAGGAUUGUAAAAACUUUGAUGAUGUAGUAAAAGGUAUUAAACCUUCAAUUAUGUCUAAGCAAUAUGGAAAUGAAGAUUUUAUUGGUAACCUAGUUGCCAAAGCCUGCAUUGGUAUUCUGCCAGAGAAGACCACAUUCAAUGUGGACAAUAUCAGGAUUUGUAAGAUUCUUGGAGCUGGACUCCUGCAGUCUGAUGUCCUCUCAGGCAUGGUGUUCAAACGUGAAGUAGAGGGUGACAUCAGUAACAUUACCAAGGCUAAAGUGGCCGUCUACUCCUGUCCCGUGGACAUCACACAGACUGAAACCAAAGGCACUGUCCUUAUUAAAAGUGCAGAUGAACUUUUGAACUUCAGUAAGGGAGAAGAAUCUCUUCUUGAAAAACAGAUUAAGGAUAUAGCUGACGCUGGCGUAAAGGUCGUAGUGGCUGGUGCUAAAUUUGGAGAUAUGGCCCUGCACUUCUUGAACAAGUUUGGUGUUAUGGCAGUUCGUCUAAAUUCCAAGUUUGAUUUGAGACGUCUCGCUAGAACUGUUAAUGCCACUGUCCUACCCCGUCUCACAACCCCAACGGCAGAGGAACUCGGCUAUUGUGACAAGGUCCAUGUAGACGAACUGGGAGACACACGAGUUGUGGUUUUCAGUAUGGAUAGUUCCGAAUCCCGGAUGUCCACAGUUGUCAUCCGAGGCUCUACUGACAAUUACAUGGAUGACAUUGAACGGGCUAUUGAUGAUGGUGUCAACACAUUCAAGGGAAUUGCCAGAGAUGGACGAUUCGUGGCCGGUGCGGGGGCAACUGAAAUCGAGCUUGCCCAGAAAUUAUUACAAUACGCAGACACAUUGCCAGGCUUAGAGCAAUAUGCGGUACGGAAAUUCGCCGUUGCAUUGGAAGCAGUACCCAGGGCGUUGGCUGACAAUUCAGGCGCAAACGCAACGGACGUUGUCAAUAAUAUCUAUAAAGCUCAUCGGGAAAACCAAAAAACUGUUGGAUUCGACAUUGACUCUGAAAGUAGUGGGGUGUGUGACGUUAAAGAGAAGGGGGUUUUGGACUUGUACCUUCUGAAAUACUGGGGUCUCAAAUACGCGGUCGGAGCGGCAACCACAAUACUCAAAGUUGACCAGAUCAUCAUGGCUAAGAGAGCUGGUGGUCCCAAACCCAAAGCCCCAGCUGGAAGUGAUGACGAAUCCUAA